AUGGAUGGAAGCAACCAGUCCUCUGUAUCAGAAUUCAUGCUCCGGGGACUUACCCAAUCACAGAAUCUUCAGGUCUUACUGUUUGUGAUAUUUUUGAUAUUUUAUCUAUUCAUUAUGUUGGGAAAUAUUGCCAUCAUGAUCUUAAUAACCAUUGAUCACCAUCUCCAUUCUCCUAUGUACUUCUUACUGGCCAACCUGUCCUUUGUCGAUAUAUGGCUUUCCUCAGUCACCACGCCAAAGAUGAUCACAGACUUUCUCAGGAAACGCAAAACCAUUUCCUUUGAGGGCUGCAUGUCCCAGGUCUUCUUUGCCCAUUGCAUUGCUGCAGGAGAGAUGGUGUUAUUGCUGGUAAUGGCUUAUGACCGCUAUGUGGCCAUCUGCAAACCACUCCACUACUUCACCAUUAUGAACCUGAAAAGAUGCACGGGGCUCGUCUUGACUUCCUGGACUAUUGGCUUUGUGCAUGCCAUGAGUCAGCUUGUGGCAGUUCUGCAGCUGCCUCUCUGUGGCCCACUGGAAAUUGACAGCUUCUUCUGUGACAUGCCACUGGUAAUCAAGCUAGCCUGCACAGAUUCCCAUGAUUUGGAUAUUCUAAUGAAUGCUGACUGUGGUGUUGUGGUUGUAACCUGUUUCAUUCUGUUGCUCAUUUCCUACACAUACAUCCUUAUCACUGUUCGCCAGAGCGCCAAAGCUGGUGCUUCUAAGGCUCUUUCCACCUGCAGUGCCCACAUCACAGUGGUGAUGCUCCUUUUUGUGCCCUGCAUUUUCAUCUAUGUGUGGCCCCUCAAUAUCACCUGGUUAGACAAAUUUCUUGCUGUGUUUUACUCUGUUGUUACACCUCUCCUAAAUCCAGCCAUUUAUACACUAAGAAAUAAAGAAAUAAAAACUGCUCUGAAGAGAUUUAAAAGCUAUUUCAUGAAUCACAAGGUAAAUACUUAA